GAGUGUUGUUUUUGUUUUCGAGGUGAGCGGGUGUGUUUGCGCGUUCGCUAUAUUUAUUAUUCUUGUUUGUUAAAAAAAAAAAAAAGUGUAAAUAACGUAACAAAAAAUUAAAGCUUGACUUAAUUAAAUAAAGUGUAUCAGCAACAAUUUGCAGUACAACAUAAAAGACCUCACAGUCGGGAUUAAUAAAAUAAUUUCGCAUUUUGUAAAACUUUACUGUCUUUGUUUUAUAUUUUUUAUUUAUUUAUUAUUGUUUUACUUUAUCAUUAUUAACCAUUAAUUAACUUUAAACGUGCGAAGUUUUAACAAAAGCAUAAAUCCAAAAAAAUUAAAUAAAAUAAAACUCUUGCGCAGCCGCAGCUGCUUUUGGUUCGGCUGUUGGCAAUUUCGAUAUCGAACAAAAGAAUUAACGACAACAACAACAACAACACAAAAACAAUCAAUUUUAGCCAUUAAUUGACGACGAAUUGAGAAUAAAAAUGCAAUUGGAAAGAUUCACAUAGAAGAGUUCUUAUAUUUUUGGCAUUGAUAUGGAGACACCACAACAGUCUAUAUACCCGCAUUCAGCAACUCUGUUCGCUGCGAUCAGUGCCUGUGUCUUUGUCACAAUUGGCGUGUUCGGUAAUCUAAUAACUUUGCUGGCAUUGCUGAAAAGUCCCACGAUACGAGAACAUGCGACAACGGCAUUUGUCAUAUCAUUAAGUAUAUCGGAUCUCUUAUUUUGCUCCUUUAGUCUGCCAUUGACAGCUGUGCGUUUCUUUCAGGAGAGCUGGACAUUUGGUAGCACAUUAUGCAAAAUAUUUCCUGUAAUUUUCUAUGGCAAUGUCGCCGUUUCAUUGCUUAGUAUGGUGGGCAUAACUCUAAACAGAUAUAUACUCAUUGCUUGCCAUAGUAGAUAUGCUCAAAUCUAUAAGCCAAAAUUUAUAACACUGCAGUUGCUAUUUGUCUGGGCUGUAUCAUUUUUGUUAUUGCUACCACCCAUAUUGGGCAUUUGGGGUGAAAUGGGCCUAGAUGAGGCCACAUUCUCGUGCACCAUACUGAAGAAGGAGGGCAAAUCGAUUAAGAAAACAUUGUUUCUUAUUGGUUUUCUUUUGCCAUGUCUGGUGAUUAUAAUUUCGUAUUCCUGCAUAUACAUCACAGUGUUGCAUCAAAAGAAAAAGAUCCAAAGUCAUGAUAAUUUUCAAAUUGGAGCUGGUGGUGGUAAGAGUUCGGGUGCCACAUCUUAUGUGACCACGACGAGUACACGCAAGGCAAGGGAGGAUAAUCGUCUGACUGUUAUGAUGGUUACCAUAUUCUUGUGCUUUCUCAUCUGUUUUCUGCCUCUGAUGCUGGCCAAUGUGGUGGACGAUGAACGUAAAACCUCAUAUCCCUGGCUGCACAUCAUUGCCUCGGUAAUGGCUUGGGCCUCCAGUGUCAUUAAUCCGAUUAUCUAUGCAGCCAGCAAUCGCAAUUAUAGAGUGGCAUAUUAUAAGAUAUUUGCCUUAUUGAAGUUUUGGGGCGAGCCACUGUCACCGAUGCCAAGUAGAAAUUAUCACCAAAGUAAAAACUCCAAGGAAUUGUCGGGCGUUAUACGUAGCACGCCGCUAUUUCACGCUGUUCAAAAGAAUAGUAUUAACCAAAUGUGCCAAACAUAUUCAGUAUGAGAAAGGGUUUUCAAUAUAUCCUCUUUUUUUCUCUUUCUCUUCUUUAUACAUA